UCACAGUUGGGAUUUGCACUCCGAAGAAGGGAGAGGGGCCUGCACUGUUGUGUACUGUGCUGUUUUUUGGUUCUUUCUCUUCUCGUUUCAUCUUCGAGACCAGACCAGUCCCUGCAAAGGAAAGUGGAAAUCCUUCCAGUGAACCUAGAAGCGGUAUUUCGAAAGUGGUUUUGAGGUGUUAGCAUCAUGGUGAGAAAGAGGAGGACUGAACUUCCUAGCAGCAGUGGGGAGAGUUCAGAAUCCCAAGAUACUGCUGCUGGCCGCAGUGCCCAGCCUCCAACAGAAAGAUCUCCUCCUGCUCAACAGGGAGGUGGGGGAAGGGGUUGGCCCCCCCAAUCUCAGCAACAGCCUCAGCAAGGAGGUCGUGGAGGAUAUGGAGCUGGAUAUACUCCUCAGGGACGUGGUGGAUCCCAGCCAAGGGGUGGAAUGGCACCUCAGCAGUAUGGCGGCCCCCCUGAAUAUCAGGGUCGGGGAGGCCAGCCACGAGGAAUGCCACCUCAACAGCCUCUGGGUGCCCCCCCUGAUUCUGCGGGAAGGCGCCGAGGUGGUGGCAGUAUGGCCGGUGGCCGUGGGGGAGGGCCUACUUCUGGUGGCCAUUCUAGGCCACCAAUUCCCGAGCUGCACCAAGCUACCCAGGCUCAUUAUCAAGCCAUGGUGAACCCCCAGCCUGCACCAUCUGUGAAACCAUCAGAGUCAUAUUCUCAAGCUGGUUCUUCGUCCCAGCCACCUGAGCCGAGUACUGCACACGUGGCACAGCAGUUUCAGCAGCUUUCAGUACAGCCCGAAGCGGCACCACCAACACAAGCGAUUCAGCCUAUUGCCGCAUCCAGCAAAUCUAUGAGGUUUCCUCUCCGCCCUGGUAAGGGCAGCACUGGAGCAAGGUGUAUGGUGAAAGCUAACCAUUUCUUUGCUGAGCUUCCAGAUAAAGAGCUGCACCAGUAUGAUGUUUCGAUCACACCGGAAGUUACUUCACGGGGUGUGAACCGAGCUGUGAUGGAGCAACUGGUGAGAUUGUAUAGGGAGUCACACUUGGGAAGGAGACUUCCUGCUUAUGAUGGGCGAAAGAGCCUUUAUACUGCUGGGCCAUUACCUUUUACCUCAAAAGAGUUCUCAAUAACUUUAAUUGAUGAGGAUGAUGGAACCGGUGCUCCCAGGAGGGAGCGGCCAUUCAGGGUUGUCAUCAAGUUGGCUGCUCGUGCUGACCUUCAUCAUUUAGGAUUAUUUCUGCAGGGGAGGCAGGCAGAUGCACCACAGGAAGCUCUUCAGGUCCUUGAUAUUGUUCUGCGUGAACUACCCACUUCAAGGUACUCCCCUGUGGGACGAUCAUUUUAUUCCCCAAAUUUGGGGAGGAGGCAACCACUUGGCGAUGGAUUGGAAAGCUGGCGUGGUUUCUACCAGAGUAUCCGCCCUACUCAGAUGGGUCUCUCAUUGAAUAUUGAUAUGUCUUCCACUGCUUUCAUUGAGCCGCUGCCUGUGAUUGAUUUUGUAACCCAGUUAUUGAACCGAGAUGUUCUUUCUAGACCAUUGUCUGAUGCUGAUCGUGUAAAGAUCAAGAAAGCUCUCAGAGGUGUGAAAGUGGAAGUUACUCAUAGGGGAAAUAUGCGUAGAAAAUACCGUAUAUCUGGUUUAACUUCACAGGCCACAAGAGAGCUAACCUUCCCAGUUGAUGAUAGAGGAACAAUGAAAUAUGUUGUCCAAUAUUUCCAGGAGACAUAUGGGUUUGUCAUUCAGCAUAUGCAGUGGCCUUGUCUGCAAGUUGGGAACCAACAGAGGCCAAAUUAUCUGCCAAUGGAGGUCUGUAAGAUUGUGGAAGGCCAGAGAUAUUCCAAGCGAUUAAAUGAAAGGCAGAUUACAGCUCUGCUGAAAGUGACUUGUCAGCGUCCUCAUGAUCGAGAACUUGAUAUUAUGCAGACGGUACACCAUAAUGCUUACCAUGAGGAUCCAUAUGCAAAAGAAUUCGGGAUCAAGAUCAGUGAGAAGCUUGCUCAAGUUGAGGCACGCAUUCUCCCAGCACCAUGGCUUAAAUACCAUGACACAGGAAGGGAGAAAGAUUGCCUUCCAGAAGUUGGCCAGUGGAAUAUGAUGAAUAAGAAAAUGGUUAAUGGAGGAACAGUGAACAACUGGUUAUGUAUAAACUUCUCGCGCUACGUACAGGAAAGUGCUGCCCGAGCAUUUUGUCAAGAACUUGCACAAAUGUGCCACGUUUCAGGGAUGGUGUUUAAUCCUGAACCAGUUCUUCCACCCUACAAUGCUCGACCUGAUCAGGUUGAGAAAGCCUUGAAGACUAGGUAUCAUGAUGCCAUGACCAAAAUCCAGCCACAGAAGAAGGAACUUGAUUUAUUGAUUGUUAUAUUGCCUGAUAAUAAUGGUUCUCUCUAUGGUGAUUUGAAGCGAAUCUGUGAGACCGACCUUGGACUUGUUUCCCAGUGUUGCUUGAAUAAGCAUGUAUCUAAGAGGAGCAAACAAUAUCUGGCAAAUGUUGCUUUGAAGAUUAAUGUCAAGGUUGGUGGAAGAAAUACAGUGCUUGUUGACGCAUUGUCGAGACGUAUACCUCUAGUCAGUGACCGGCCAACCAUUAUCUUUGGUGCGGAUGUGACACAUCCCCAUCCCGGCGAGGACUCUAGCCCAUCCAUUGCAGCUGUCGUGGCUUCUCAAGAUUGGCCGGAAGUCACUAAGUAUGCUGGUCUGGUUAGCGCUCAAGCUCAUCGUCAGGAAUUGAUUCAAGAUCUGUAUAAAGUCUGGCAAGAUCCUGUCAGAGGAACAGUGUCUGGUGGCAUGAUAAAGGAACUUUUAAUAUCUUUCCGCAGAGCAACUGGCCAGAAACCACAGCGAAUAAUAUUCUAUAGAGACGGGGUGAGUGAAGGCCAAUUCUAUCAGGUCUUGCUCUAUGAACUGGAUGCAAUCCGAAAGGCAUGUGCCUCUUUGGAGCCGAAUUAUCAGCCUCCUGUUACUUUCGUUGUGGUUCAAAAGCGUCACCAUACUAGGUUGUUUGCUAGCAACCAUAAUGACCGCCGCUCUGUUGACAGGAGUGGUAACAUUUUACCUGGUACUGUUGUUGAUUCUAAGAUCUGCCAUCCAACAGAGUUUGACUUCUACUUGUGCAGUCAUGCUGGCAUCCAGGGUACAAGCCGUCCAGCUCACUAUCAUGUCCUUUGGGAUGAGAACGAGUUCACGGCGGAUGGGCUGCAGUCUCUCACAAACAACCUGUGCUACACAUAUGCGAGGUGCACCCGUUCGGUGUCCAUCGUUCCACCGGCAUAUUAUGCACAUUUGGCUGCAUUUCGAGCACGUUUCUACAUGGAACCGGAGACAUCAGAUAGUGGGUCCAUGACAAGUGCAGCAGUAGGUCGUGCAGGUUCGGGAAGUGGUGCUGGUGGCCGAAGCACACGGAUUUCAGGUGUGGGUGCUGCUGUUCGACCACUCCCUGCCCUCAAGGAGAAUGUGAAGAAGGUUAUGUUCUAUUGCUAGGUAUGAUGCAUGUAAUUUGCUUUAGAAACACACUUCCUCCAGUACUUUCUGUUGCUGCAUGCCCUAUGCGUGGAGCACAGCCAUGAGUUCAAAAAUACAUUUCUUAAUAUGGUGUUAUUAUUCGGAGGAUGCAAAUGAUUUGUU